CUUUAAACGGUUUCUUAAAACUUGUAAAGAGUAUUAUUAGAGGCUAAGCGUUAAAGUCGCAUAUGCACCUUUUAGUCUUUGUUUUCUCCUCUUGAAGUCUAUGGAAGCACAUAGAACAAUGCAUAGGAAAGUUAUGAAAUUUGGCACAGAGACAGAAGACAGUCUGAACUUGUACUUUUGCUUGUUGUCAUCAGACUGGUCUUGCUAGAUUCUUUGGGACACACCGAGAACAAUGAUACCAGUUAUGUCAUAGCUGGCUGGACUUCUUUUCUUGAAAAACCUGCUUUUUUGAACUCCUGGAUCAGACUUUCUUAAUCCUUGUCCUGCCAUUGCUCUACAAAUUUUAGCUCCAUCCCUAAUCACACACACCUGAACCAGGUAAUCAGGUCACAUAUAACAUGUCUAAUGAAAGUUAUCAUUAAAAGGAGAUCUCCCUUGACAUCCAUGUGGAGAAGAACAUUGGAAACAUUGUCCAGGUGAAACUUGAAAAGGAGAAACAUCUUAUCAGUUGUCCGUGGUUCUGUAAACAUAUCACAGUGCAGACCCCUUCUGGAUAUCGCUUUGAGUUCCCCUGUUACCGCUGGUUGGUGGACGACAAUGAAGUGAUGAUCCGAGAAGGAACUGCUCGACUGCCUCAGAAUGACACAGAACCUUUUCAAGAGCAAAGAAAAGAUGAACUGGAAUCUAGACAGAAAAUCUUCAGAUGGAACGAGUGGAGACCAGGCUUCCCUAUGAGCAUAGAUGCCAACGUGGAUGAUCUUCCUAAAGAAGUUCAGUUUGAUGGAGAAAAGAAUUCCCAGUGGUAUUGGGAUUUAGCGGAAGUGUUUAUAGAAACGAAACUGGACAAAAUAGAUGGUUUAAUGGAGUCCUGGAAAGAUAUUACAGACUUUGAAAAGAUAUUUGGGCAUUUAAUAAACAAGAACCAAGUACUAGUGGAUUUGAUGCAGAACUGGACCGAGGAUUACAUGUUCGGCUACCAGUUCUUGAACGGCUGCAAUCCUGUCACGAUCAAGAAGUGCACGGAUCUUCCAGAGAAAUUCCCCGUCACACACGAGAUGGUCAAGGGCUCUCUGAAGGGACGCCAACUACAUGAGGAGCUACGGAAAGGAAACAUCUACAUAGUGGAUUAUGAAAUACUGAAGGACGUCCCAGCAGCCAGCCAGCGCUAUCUGACCGCACCAAUCUGUCUACUGUACAAGAACGAAGUGGACCAAAUGUUGCCAAUCGCCAUUCAGCUGAGUCAAACCCCAGGAGAAAUGAGUCCAAUCUUUCUUCCAAGUGAUAAUGAACAUGACUGGAUGCUUGCCAAGAUGUUUGUGAAAUCCUCAGACUUCAUCGUACACCAGCUGGUCACACACCUUCUCAAGACACAUCUAGUGUCUGAGGUUUUUGAAAUGGCCAUGUACAGACAGCUGUCUGCCGUCCAUCCCGUAUACAAGUUACUGAUGCCUCAUGUUCGUUUCACGAUCGCAAUCAACGCGGAGGGCCGUGAAAAGCUCAUCAGUGAAGAUGGGGUCAUCAGCAAGGUCAGUAGCUUUGGUGAAGCAGGGAUGGUGAAACUGAUACACAAAGCCAUGGAGGCUUUAACCUUCAAGUCCCUGAACAUCCAUGAGGACAUAAAGGCUCGAGGAAUGGAAGAUACGCCCAACUACUAUUACAGAGACGAUGGCUUGAAGAUCUGGGAGGCAAUCAACCAUUUUGUUUCGGCCGUGGUCAAGAUCUACUAUGAUAGCGAUGAAGCAGUUCGAGAAGACGUGGAGAUUCAAAGAUUUGUUAAGGACGUUUCCUGCUUUGGCAUGAAUAACUCUCACAAGUUUCCAGAGUCUCUGGAAUCUCGAGAGGAGUUGAUCGAGUACCUGACCGUGGUGAUUUUCACAGCUUCAGCACAACAUGCCGCUGUCAACUUCGGACAGUUUGACUGGUACGGCUGGAUCCCCAACAGUCCUUCCACCAUGCGCAGACCACCUCCUCAACGGAAGGGGGAAGUGGAUAUGAAGCGUAUCCUGGAGACUCUGCCGGACCGGGAUUGUUCCAGAAAUCUUCUGGGAACGGUUUGGGCUCUCACUCGGACCGAGAAGAAUGAGAGGUUCUUGGGCAUGUAUCCAGAUAUGUACUUCACAGAGCAACCCGCGAAGAUAGCCAUUAAAACUUUCUGCCACAAACUAAAACAGGUGACCAACAUCAUCAAGAGUCGGAAUAAAGAAAUAACAUUGGAUUAUUGCUAUCUGUCCCCAGACAAAAUCCCCAACAGUGUUGCAAUUUAAGAAAAUAUUAGAAGAAACACUUUCUUUAGGCCUGAUCAUAGUGUUUAUUGUUGAGAGAUGUAUAUGCUCUCAUCAUUUUAUUUCAUUUUGUGCAUAUAAGUGCAACAUUUUUCAGUUUAAACAUUUGUUAUAGCGUGUUUUCUAUUGUGAAUAAAAUAUUGGCUCAUGAUUUGAAAUUCUUUGUAGUUUUCAUUUUAUUCAAAUGAUAAAAAUGACCCAACAUAUCCAGAAUUCAGGUUGUCUUGUUAAUGUGAGGUUCUUUCAUUGUUAGUGGGCUAAUCAACCCUGGCUUUAAAUACAGAUUCAGUGAUUUGAAGUUUUUGUUCUCAAAACUCGUCUGAUCAAUAGUUUAACAUCCCAACUCUUCAGAAAUUGAUAUUUUUUACAAAUGUCAAAAAGAGUUCACGUGAUUAA